ACUCUUUACCUGAUUUCAGUGAAUUCGACUCAGCUUCCGUCAUCACAGAAUAUCAAGUGGAAAGUUUGGCUUCUGAAAAAGUAUAUAAGUUUAACCGAGUUGAAAGUUGAAAUAAAACAAUGACCUGGAGCUACAUGCGCCCUUGCCGCGAGUGUGGCGACUGCUGACCGAGUUCCCAUGAGCGAGAGGCGAGCCUCAGUUCCCAGGACUCCUCCUGUCUGGCGGCUGGGCCCGGGUUACAGCCAGUCUCCAGUCGCCGGGAGAACAUGGCUGCCGCCGAACACAGCCCUGCGCUCAGAGCAGCCGCCGCGAGCCAGGCUGCUGACUGGGACCGCAGCCAGCACGGCCCCGCUUCGCCCAGUCCGCCCAGUUGUCCUGACUUGCAGCGACAGCCGCCCGCCUGAAACAAAGAUGGCGCCCACGACGACAAUCGAGACAGUCACCAUCACGAGGCCUCUCAAGGUGAUAGCCUUCAUCUGCGGCCUGAUCGUGAUCGUGCUGAUGAUCAUGGCGCUCGCCUCCACCGACUGGCUGAUGGCCACGGGCUGGCGCCAGGGCCUCUUCAUCCACUGCAUCGCCGACGACGCCCCUGUGCCGCUGCCCUUCAACGUGCAGGCCGCCCCCGACUGCUACCAGGCGCGCGACGUGGCCUACAUCCGUGCGGCGGCCGCGCUGUGCAUCAUGACGCUGGUCACAGACGUGGUGGCGACCCUGCUCACGGGCCUGGGGCUGCGCAGCAAGGACCACAUGAAGAAGUACAAGUACUACAAGAUAGCCGUCUACGUGAUGGUGCUGUCGCUGGUAUCCAUUCUGAUAGCCUUGGUGAUCUACCCCGUGUGCUUCGCUGCGGAGUUGAAUGAAGGCAACCGCACGGUGUGGGAGUUUGGCUGGGCCUACGGCGUGGGCUGGGGCGCGGCCAUCUUCCUGUUCGGCGGGGUGGUGCUCCUGCUGUGCGACAAGGAGUCGGAGGAGAUCUACUACAAGGAGAGGAAGAUCGUGCACGACAGCGACUCGCGGGCCUAGUGUCUGCCCCCCCUGCCCGACGUUGUGCUGUGAGCCUGAUCCGCGACGCCCCGCUGGCCCGGUCCCGUCCGCUCUCGCUCCGUUCCCGCGCAUUGCAGAACACUUCUGAGACUGGAAAACUACACUUUAAUAACUGGGCCUGAAACACUCUUAAUUCACUUUUUUAAUUAUUAUUUUUACUCCCGGGUAGUUGGAAUGCCUGAAAUUUAUUAUUCUCGGUCAUUCAUUUCAGAACACUUUUGAGAAUGGAAAACUAUACUUUAAUCCGUGGGCCUGAAACACUCUUAAUUCACUUUUUUAAUUAUUAUUUUUACUCCCGGGUAGUUGGAAUGCCUGAAAUUUAUUAUUCUCGGUCAUUCAUUACAAAAUAUAUAUCAGGAAUAGUCUGCAAUCGUAUGCAUACGAAGCACAUAAUUUUUAAGAUAAAGGAAAAUAUCUGACAUGUAGCAUGUGUGUGCAGCUCACAGACUAAAAAAGUAGCACAUGUAUCAGGUAUGAGAAUCUUCCUGGAAAGUUAUAAUAAAUGUGUUGGUGUUCUCGGUGGCCGGGCUAACGCGCCUCUCUCGUGUGGCGUGGGUCGCUGGUUCGAAUCCAGCACUCCGGCACGAAUGCCGACCCUAGAAAGGCAAAGUUCAUUUUGUCAUACCCUUGUAAGAACCUUGAAUUAAUAAUAAACCAGGUAAAGUGAGUAGUAAAUAAACAGUUUGCUGUUGUGGAGUCUGCGUGCAUUAUGCUGUUGGUUUUGGAGCCGCGAGAUUUUCGGGUGUGUAAUCACAGAAAAGUGUAAGGAAACACAAAUAAAUUAUAAAAAAAUUUUAAUUUUUACGUUUUCAACUCACCAUUGACAGUUCAUUUAAUUUCUCGCCCAAACUUAUACUUGUGUGUAGGAGCAGCACACCACAUUUAUUUAUUUUUUUUUUCACUUAAAUAAAAUUUAUGUUAACUUUUUUAUAUGUAAUUUCUUAAUAUUUUUGAAUACAUAUAGAGUAGGAGGAAAAGUUAAAAGAAUCUCAGUAUUGUGCAGAGAAAAUGAGUAAUUAUUCAUGCAACAUUAUAUACGUUAUUUCUACACUAAAUAGAUACGGUCGUGAAAAACUAAAGUUUAAUAUUGUGGACAGUGGUGUUUCUGAACCUAGCUGACCAGUUUGUGGUUGGUAAUGUAUAGUUCACAUGGAACACCACGUUUAUCAUUUGUCAAGCCCUGUUCUUUAAUGCAAUGUUCUUUAAUUUGCAACUAUGUACUAACAAACCCAGACCAUCAAAGGCAUAGGAUAUGGAGGUUUGGUAUUACACUUUUAUAAUCAAAGUUAUUGGUUAUUAAUAUAUAAAAAUAAAUCUGUGCAAAUAUAGUUGUGGUUCUGAUCCUUAUUAAAAAAAAAAAAAAAGUUAAGCAAACAAAAUUGUCAAAAUUAUGAGUGGUGGCUACAAUAACUAGUAUGUUAACUGUCAGUUCAUUAUUUCAUAUUUUCAUGGAAUACUGUUAAACUUGUGGACUUAAUCUACUUAAUGUUUCGUGAAAUAAUAAAAAUUCUAUGUAGUUUAUUUCCAUGAAUAGCUGUCAAUUACGGUUUUGUACCCUUUUGGGACGAGAACUAGAUGAAUUGUAUAGCAUGUUUCUAUCAUCUUCGUGAUACAUUUGAAAUUUGUGUCAGAUGAAUUUUUUUUAGUUAAACUUUUCAAAAUUCUCAAUUGUAAGUUUUCAAUUCAGGGUAAUCCUAAAGCGUGCAACAGUACGUUCUGGCAAAUUACCUGUUGUUUGCUCUCGCUGGCCUCCGGGGCAAUUGUGCGGACGGGAUUGGGGGCGGGGGUGUUAGUGGCGGAUCGUGUGGCUAGAUGGCGUGUUUUCCUGCUAACUACAUCGGAUAAGUUUAGAAAAGAACUUAAUUUGUGUGCUGCUCUUGGAAAAAAAAACUAUUCAUGUUUAUUUACAUGGCCAAUUAAGUGGUUUUUUUUUUAAUGUUUUCGACAUCAAUAUUUGGCACUUGUAUUACGCAUUUUCCUAGGGUUAUUUUGGUGAUGGGGUGUGAUGUGUGUGUAAAGUUUGUGUCUGUAGAUGCAGGUGAAAAUAAUUUUUUUUUCCCCCAGCUGCUGUUUAAAGCAAAGUGAUUAACGAAGCUAUACAAAAAAAAUUACUAUUUCCUGCUUUACCUCCACCUCUAUUUAUUUAACAUGGGGUAACUCGAUGGGCUAACGUUGCUUGCUGUUCAUCAUAACCUUGUGAACACUUUGCUUUACUAGCACAGAACAUACUUAAGGCCACCAUGAGUUCCUUGUCUUUAUUAUUAUUAUUAUUAUUAUUAUUAUUAUUAUUAUUAUUAUUAUUAUUAUUAUUAUUAUUAUUAUUAGGUUUAAAUGAUAUCACGAGGAUAUAUUAUUUCAAGCUUUUGUGCUGUUAUUCUUACAGUGCUAAUGCUAAAAACAACUUCUUUGUAAUUUUGUGUGCAGCUAUGAAUGUAUUCCUUGUAAAUUGUAAAUUGUAAAUUUGUUAAUUGUAAAUAUGUUUAUCAAGAAGAAUGACAGUGUAAUAUUUCCUCAUGAUGUCAAAAAAAAAUAUAUUUUUUUAUUUUUUUUUUUAUUUGUCACAUCUUGUACAGUUCUGCGUACGGCCACCACAACCUUUGCAGGAUAAUUUUCUCGGAGGUUUUCCUCCCCUCGCGGUUAUAUUUUUGGUGACUAGCUGACCGUAAGCAUUGCCAGGAAAGCACUGAAAGAGCAGUGGCGUUGCGCGGGGGGAGGGGGGGGUGGCCGGAAGUGUCGAGAUGUGGGGAAAGUGUACGGGCCGAGUGGGGAAACUGAAGACAACGCGGGCAGGAAGGUGUGCAUUCGUGCAGUCAACACACUGAACAAAACAAAAAAAAACUUGCGAGAACCUCAAGACGAACAAGAAGUCGAAACAAAUGAAACUCAACGAUUACAGAACGCAGUGGCUCUGCCCAUUGGUGGUAGAUCUUCGUGGUCUGCUUUUCCGAAAAAGCACUGCCUUUGUCACGCUGGGCAACUACAGGAGCCUGCAUGAAAAGAAAAAAAUCCAUUUGAUAUUCUUGUAGGGCAUUAACUGUGAAUUGUACAAAUAUGUAGUAUAUCAUUUAUGUAAGAUGAGGUAUUUAGCGUACUUCUUAAAAAAACUUGCUUGAGUUUGGAAAAAAAAAAAUUCAAAUUAGUAUGUGGUGUAUAAUUAUUACAUUUUUAUUGUGAUUUCAUGUUUGAAUUGAGAUAUUCGGGGUAAAAAAUAAGUUUUGCCAGAUUUCACAAGGUUUUCCUCUCCUGUAAAGGACUAUAAAUUAAGCAGCAAAUACCUCAUAUUUGUACAUGUGUUUGAAUGCUGUAUAUUUGUUAUAAUGACUGCUAGAGCAACUGGUUGUUGUUGAGCAACUUGCGUGAAAGGAAAAUAUUGUCUUUUAUGAAGUGUGUUUACUUGAAAUUUCAAUCUGCUGCAAAAUUCUGUAUAGAUUUUGUAGAUAUUUGAAUGUAGAUUUUGUAAUACCAGAGUGUGUGUCCAGGAGUUUUAUUUCUUGUACUUGUCCUAUUUUAAAACAUUUUCCUGUGGGAUUUUAUUGUUGGUGAUAACUACUAGUACAUAAUAGUAUUACUGAAAAAACCAUAUGCCAUUCGAAACUUUACACAAACGAUGGGAUAUAUUUAUGGCCAACAAUUCAUUUAUUGUGUACUUCAGGCAGUAGAUUGUUAAGUAAAUGUGUAACCUAAAUUAUUUCUUAAUACAUAAUUUUAUAGAGGUCUAUCAAAGCAGUUAUUUGUCUGUAUGGUCUGACAUAGUCUUCCUGGUUUUGAUUUAUUAAAAAAUUAAAUAUUAUACAAUCAAUUUUGGUGUACUGAAUAAUAAAAAGAGUACAGAGCUCUUGUGAAAAUAGUUUCUUAAAUUCUAAAAAAAAAAAAAUUUUUAAAAUACAGAAUGUAUAGUUUUAAUUUGAAUUAUGUGGAAAAUAACAAUUUAAAAAAAAAAAAUUCCAUUAUUUCAGGACCUCUAAACAAUGAGUUUAUUACUUGAAAAGUUUUGUUUUUGUUUAGAGGCCUGCAAAUAAGAUGACCCACUUAAAGCCCUUCACGGUGGACAGAUUAUGUGCUUGUUAUGUUCGAUGGAACAAGCAUGAUUUUGUAAAUAUGUAACUGUAGGUUGUGUUUGGUAGCUGUACAGUGAGGAGAGGACAGAAGGUAAUCCUGCGUGGAGUCUUGAACGAGUGUGCGAGACACGAGAACAAUCCUUAUGCAUAUCAAAUAUACCGCAGUGUUUUUAAAUGUGCAGCUGCUGCUCCCGUACUUCCUUUCAGGACGUUACAAUGCAAUGCGCUGUGUAAUUCACUGUUACGAUGCGAGUUUCCAACCAUUUUUGUGAGUAAACGUUUCUCUAAUCAGCUGUUACACUUGAUUCAAUUGUGUUGGCAUCCAAACCAUUUUAUGAUCAUCUUUGAGGAAUAUUAUUUUGGAAGCUGAGACUGUCUGGUUAUUUUCUUCUUUUUCACGUGUAAAUCAUUUUAUCGUAGUUUUUGCUAAAGGAAUCAUUUUUAAAAGCAUUUAAGCAAAAAAAAAAAUUAUAGUUCACAAGCUUGUGUUUUUGGACGGUUUAUUCUAGAGUUAUGUUGCUCUCUGAUCUUGAUUAGUUCGUUUUGGCGACUUCGCUCACGGACCAAACUCUUGACACUUGAUGAAGCUGUGAACUAUGUAUAAAAUGUGUAAAGUGUUUUAAAUGUGUAUACUUAUACCUGUAAAUUAAUAUACCAGUUUUGCACAGUUGUGUACUUAUCCUUAUUGCUUCCAUUACUUCAGAGAACUAUUCUUCGUGGUUUUUGUUUGAAUGUUAUGUACUUGCUUUUAUUGUCUUUAUGUUACGAUUUUUUUUAAAACUUGACACAAUUGAAGGUAGUCUUAAACAAAAUAAGUUUGCGAACUGUAUAUUGUGUGUUAAGCUAACGGUUUAUGGCAGUCCGAUGGUUUGAUAUAAGAAUGAUAUAAAAAAAAACUUUUUUUUUUGGAGUGAAGUCAGAUAUUUCCAAAACUUUUGUUUAUACAGUCGGAGACAAUUUUUUUUCUUCUGACUGUAACUUUAUGUUAUAGAUAGAGAUUAGACAUGUAACAGAGUUGCAUAAGUUUUGUAGACAGUGUUUUAUAUUUGAUGAAUGUACUGUGCAGAUAUCAAGUGCACAACAGAAAAUGUUCCUUGUAUAGGAUGGGGAAUAACAAGGGUGUACAAUACCUGUAAGAGUUGUUUUCUGUGCAGUACAUUGCAUUAUGUAGCUGUGUACAUAAUCAUAUUACUGUUUUCAAUAAAAGCUCUAUAAUAGCACA